GAGGAGCUUCCAGCAGCGGAAGGAGACGGUGAUCUCCUUUAGGACAAUGUGAAGAGUUGAUCAGAUGGACUUUGGGCUCAUUUAACGACUUUGUGGCUCCAUUUCAAGAGAUUAUUGUCGGUGAAUCAGCGUGUCUAGUCCCGGGAGGAGGUGGAGGAGGUGUCUGCGGGCCUUAUGAUGGGCAGCAGGCCGCGCUGAGGAGGCCCAGGCCGCGCUGAGGAGGCCCAGGCCGGGAGAAGAUGGAGGCUGCGGCGCUGCUGCGGAGCCUCCUGUUGUCUAGUUUCUGUCUUCUGAUCCGAGGCGUGCCGCUGCUGCUGUAUGCGAACCGGCGGGACCUGCGGCUGGUGGACGCGGCCCACGAGAAGGCCAACGCCACGGUGGUGGUGGGCGGGCUGGAGGACGCCGCCGCCGUGGACUACGUGUACGCCCAGGGUCUGAUCUACUGGAGCGACGUGAGCGAGGAGGCCAUCAAACGCACCGUCUUCAACCAGUCGGGGGCCAGCGCCGUGCAGACGGUGGUCCCGGGCCUGGCCUCCCCCGACGGACUGGCCUGCGACUGGUUGGCCAGUAAGCUGUACUGGACCGACUCGGAGACCAACCGCAUCGAGGUGGCCGAGCUGGACGGCUCCCUGAGGAAGGUCCUGUUCUGGCAGGAGCUGGACCAGCCCCGGGCCAUCGCCCUGGACCCCGAGAGAGGGUACAUGUACUGGACGGACUGGGGUGAGAUCCCAAAGAUUGAGCGUGCGGGGAUGGACGGGACGAACCGCUCCAUGAUCAUCGAUAAGGAGAUCUACUGGCCCAACGGUCUGACUCUGGACUACAGCCAGGAGAAACUGUACUGGGCCGACGCCAAACACAACUUCAUCCACCGCUCCAACCUGGACGGCUCCUUCAGGGAGGUGGUGGUGAAAGGGGAGCUGCCUCACCCGUUCGCCCUCACCCUGUACGAGGACACUCUGUUCUGGACCGACUGGAACACCCACUCCAUCCACUCCUGCAGGAAACAGACCGGCGCCGAGCAGCGCAUCGUCCACUCGGACAUCUUCUCUCCGAUGGACAUCCACGUCUUCAGCGCCAAGAGACAAAACAGCCUAGCCACCACUCCCUGCUCGCUGAAGAACGGAGGCUGUUCCCACCUCUGCCUGCUGUCUCCAGAGACGCCCUUCUACCAGUGCGCCUGUCCCACCGGAGUGCAGCUGCUGGAGGACGGCAAGACAUGCAGGGACGGUGCGACCCAGAUGCUGCUGCUGGCGCGGCGGACCGACCUGCGGCGGAUCUCUCUGGACACGCCCGACUUCACCGACAUCAUCCUGCAGGUGGAGGACAUCCGGCACGCCAUCGCCAUCGACUACGACCCCGUGGACGGACACGUGUACUGGACGGACGACGACGUGAAGGCCAUCCGCCGCUCGCUGCUGGACGGCAGCGACGCCACCUUCGUGGUCACGUCUCAGGUCAACCACCCCGACGGCAUCGCCGUGGACUGGAUCGCACGAAACCUCUACUGGACGGACACGGGGACGGACCGCAUCGAGGUCACCCGCCUCAACGGGACCAUGCGCAAGAUCCUCAUCUCUGAAGACCUGGACGAGCCCCGGGCCAUCGUCCUGGACCCCGAGGCCGGCUACAUGUACUGGACGGACUGGGGCGAGGUGCCGAAGAUCGAGCGGGCCGACCUGGACGGGAUGGAGCGUCUGGUGAUGGUCAACACGUCUCUGGGCUGGCCCAACGGCCUCGCCCUCGACUACAGCGAGCGCAAACUCUACUGGGGGGACGCCAAGACCGACAAGAUCGAGGUGAUGAACAUGGACGGGACGGGCCGCCGCGUCCUGGUGGAGGACAAACUGCCGCACAUCUUCGGCUUCACGCUGCUGGGAGACUUCAUCUACUGGACCGACUGGCAGCGCCGCAGCAUCGAACGGGUCCACAAACGCACCGCGGAGAGAGAGUUCAUCAUCGACCAGCUGCCAGACCUGAUGGGCCUGAAGGCCACGUACGUCCACCAGGCCUCCGGUACCAACCCGUGUGCGGACAGUAAUGGCGGCUGCAGCCACCUGUGUCUCUAUAAGCCUGUGGGCGUGCAGUGCGGCUGUCCCAUCGGUCUGGAGCUGAUCUCUGACAUGAGGACCUGCAUCGUCCCCGAGGCCUUCCUGCUCUUCUCCCGCCACACCGACAUCCGCCGCAUCUCCCUGGAGACCAACAACAACAACGUGGCCAUCCCGCUCACCGGCGUCAAGGAGGCCUCGGCGCUGGACUUCGACGUCACCGACAACCGGAUCUACUGGACGGACAUCACGCUGAAGACGAUCAGCCGGGCCUUCAUGAACGGUAGUGCCCUGGAGCACGUGGUGGAGUUCGGCCUGGACUACCCAGAAGGCAUGGCGGUGGACUGGCUGGGGAAGAACCUGUACUGGGCCGACACCGGCACCAACCGCAUCGAGGUGGCCAAGCUGGACGGGCAGCACCGGCAGGUCCUGGUGUGGAAGGACCUGGACAGUCCUCGAGCUCUGGCUCUGGACCCGGCUGAAGGGUACAUGUACUGGACCGAGUGGGGCGGGAAGCCAAAGAUCGACCGAGCGGCGAUGGACGGGACCGGCCGCAUCACGCUGGUGGCCGACGUGGGCCGAGCCAACGGGCUGACCAUCGACUACGCCGAGCGCCGCCUCUACUGGACCGACCUGGACACCACGCUCAUCGAGUCCUCCAACAUGCUCGGUCAGGACCGGGAGGUGAUUGCUGACGACCUGCCCCACCCGUUCGGUCUGACCCAGUACCAGGACUACAUCUACUGGACGGACUGGAGCCAGCGCAGCAUCGAGCGCGCCAACAAGACCAGCGGUCAGAACCGGACGGUGAUCCAGGGCCACCUGGACUACGUGAUGGACAUCCUGGUGUUCCACUCGUCCCGUCAGGGCGGCUGGAACGCCUGCGCCUCCACCAACGGACACUGCUCCCACCUCUGCCUCGCCGUGCCCGUCAGCAGCUUCGUCUGCGGAUGCCCCGCCCACUUCUCCCUCAACUACGACAACAAGACGUGCAGCGCUCCCACCUCCUUCCUGCUGUUCAGCCAGAAGACGGCCAUCAACCGCAUGGUGAUGGACGAGCAGCAGAGCCCCGACAUCAUCCUGCCCAUCCACAGCCUGAGGAACGUCCGCGCCAUCGACUACGACCCGCUCGACAAGCAGCUCUACUGGAUCGACUCCAAGCAGAACGUCAUCCGCCGCGCGCAGGAGGACGGCAACCAGAGCAUGACGGUGGUGUCCAGCUCUCUGGGCGGACCCAAUCAGGGUCUGCAGCUGUACGACCUGAGCAUCGACAUCUACAGCCGCUUCAUCUACUGGACCAGCGAGGUCACCAACGUCAUCAACGUCACUCGAACCGACGGCAGCCGGGUCGGCGUGGUGCUGAGAGGGGAGCACGACAAACCCAGAGCCAUCGUAGUCAACCCGGAGAGAGGGUACAUGUACUUCACCAACCUGCUGGAGCGUUCUCCCAAGAUCGAGCGUGCGGCGCUGGACGGGACGGAGCGCGAGGUGCUGUUCUUCAGCGGGCUGGGGAAGCCCGUGGCGCUGGCCAUCGACAACGAGGUGGGGAAGCUGUUCUGGGUCGACUCGGACCUGCGGCGCAUCGAGAGCAGCGACCUGUCGGGAGCCAACCGGAUCGUGAUCGCCGACUCCAACAUCCUGCAGCCGGUGGGGCUGACGGUGUUCGGCAGCCACCUGUACUGGAUCGACAAGCAGCAGCAGAUGAUCGAACGCAUCGACAAGACCACCAGGGAGGGACGCACCAAGAUCCAGGCCCGCAUCGCCUACCUCAGCGACAUCCACGCCGUGCACCAGCUGGACACGCGCCAGUACAGUAAACACCCGUGUACGUGGGACAACGGAGGCUGUUCUCACAUCUGCAUCGUGAAGGGGGACGGGACGACUCGCUGCUCGUGUCCCGUCCACCUGGUGCUGCUGCAGGACGAGCUGUCCUGUGGAGAGCCCCCGACCUGCUCCCCGGAGCAGUUCUCGUGCCUGUCCGGCGAGGUGGACUGCAUCCCUCAGGCGUGGCGCUGUGACGGGUAUCCUGAAUGUGACGACAGCAGCGACGAGGACGAGUGUCCCGUCUGCUCCGAGUCCGAGUUCCAGUGUGACAGCCGGCAGUGCAUCGACCAGAGUCUCCGCUGCAACGGGGAGGUCAACUGCCAGGACCGCUCCGACGAGAACAAGUGUGAAGUGCGUUGCCCUGCCGACCAGUUCACCUGCUCUAACGGUCAGUGUAUCGGGAAACACAAGAACUGUGACCACAACAUGGACUGUAGCGACAACUCAGACGAGAUCGGCUGCUUCCCGACCGAGGAGCCUCCUCCUCCGUCCAACAACACCAUCGUGUCCAUCGUGGGCGUGGUCAUGGCGCUGUUCGUGGUCGGCGCCGUCUACUUCGUGUGCCAGCGCGUCCUCUGCCCUCAGAUGAAGGACGACGGCGAGACGGUGACCAACGACUUCGUGGUCCACGGGCCGUCCUCGGUGCCGCUCGGAUACGUGCCGCAUCCCAGCUCGCUGUCCAGCUCGCUGCCAGGUAUGUCCAGAGGGAAGUCUGUGAUUGGCUCCCUGAGCAUCAUGGGCGGGAGCAGCGGGCCGCCGUACGACCGCGCCCACGUCACCGGAGCCUCGUCCAGCAGCUCGUCCAGCACCAAGGGGACAUACUUCCCCCCGAUCCUGAAUCCUCCUCCGUCUCCGGCUACAGUUCGCUCUCAGUACACCAUGGAGUUCGGUUAUUCCUCCAACAGUCCGUCAACACACAGAUCCUACAGCUACCGGCCGUACACGUACCGCCACUUCGCCCCGCCCACGACCCCGUGCAGCACGGACGUGUGCGACAGCGACUACACGCCGGGACGCCGGGCGCCGCUCAAGUCCAGCGCCGCCGCCGCCAAGGGCUACACCAGCGACCUCAACUACGACUCGGAGCCUUUCCCGCCGCCGCCGACGCCCCGCAGCCAGUACCUGUCGGCGGAGGAGAACUGCGAGAGCUGCCCGCCGUCGCCUUACACCGAGCGCAGCUACUCGCACCACCUCUACCCGCCGCCGCCCUCGCCCUGCACGGACUCCUCGUGAGCGCCAGGCUCCGCCCCCGGCCCCGCCCCCGCCCCGCCCCCUCACUGUAAAUAGCAAUUGUGCAUAUAUGAGGUCAAAAACGGGAGAGUGAGGAAGAGGAGGAACAAAAAGAGGAAGCUGCAGAACAUUUGUACAUUGAAAAAGAGAAAAGCAUAUUUAUAUAUUUUCUAUACAGUGUUUACUGAUGAUGCCAUAGAGGUUUGUAUUAAGAAAUUUGUACAUUUUUUAAGAAAAGGUUUUAUUAAAAUCAUCACAAAUAUAAGUUGCCUUAAACCAGGAGAAAAAGAGGCUGAAGGACAAAAAGCACAGCGGGACGUUUAACUUAUCUGAUGCCAAAUAUGAAAAACAUCACCAGGAGAAGGAGAAGAAGAAGAAGAAGAAGAAGAAGAAGAGCGCCCCCCGGAGGCUCCGUGUCUGUAGUUACCAUGUAAACUGGAGAAGAGGCCGUGUGACCGCGUGGUACUGUCUCUUUAAAUUUACCUCCUCAGUUACGAAACGGUUCGAAGGAUCGAGUCUGACGGACGAGAGUCACGUGACCCUUCGGGAAGCAAUAAGGCACAUAUUUAUUACACAAACAAACAAACAAACUAACUAACAAACAGACCGGGAGUCGAGCGGCGCUACAGAGGCCCCGAAGGGACAAAAACCGCCAGGAAACCUCAAGACAAUCGUACGGAAACUCGCUUCAGCCCGAAAAAUACAAAAAUACGACGAAAAGCUUGAAACGGCAGAUCCUGAAAGUCAUUAUGAUGGAAACAUCUUUUUUGAGUUAUUUUAAGAAAAAGUCGCUCAUUUUGAAAAGUUUCUUAUUUUGAAAGUUUCUUGUUUUGACUUUUUCAUUCAUUUGAAAAAAUGUAUUUUGAAUUUUUUUAUUGUAAGUUUCUUAUUAAUGAGAAAAAAUAUUUUUUUGAUCGUUUUUCAUUAUUUUUAAAGAUUUAUUUUGAGGAAGUUUGUCAUUAUUUUGAAAAACUUAUUUGUAAAGGUUUCUCAUAUUGAAAACAUUUCUCAUGAUUUUGAAAGUUUCAUUAUUUUAAGUUUCUCAUUAAUUUGAAAAAAAUUGUCUUCAUUUUGAAAGUUUCUCUAAUUUGAAAACGUUUUUCGUUAUUUUUAAAAGUUUUCAUCAUUUUAAGAUUCAUAAUAUUUAAAAAGUUCCUUAUUUU